CGAUGCUGCGAUACGCUAUAACAAUACAGUCGUUAACCCGAUCGCCGGCGGAGCUUCGUUCCUGUAGUGUAAUUAUUUUCGCUCGCGUAUCCGCGUCGUAAACUUUUCCAACUCGCGAAAUCAUUUUAUAAUCUUUAAUCUCAACCAAGUAGCUAAAUUUGUAUCAUUCGAAAGUACGUAAAAAAAAACACCAAAAAAAUAAAAAUGUCCGACGAUACGGACAGUGAUCUAGACCGUACGACCGGAACUCCCGAUCCGUCCGAUGUGUUAACUUCUGAACGUGCACCGAUCCUGGAUGAGCAUUUAGCCGCCACAUUCAUCUCAAAGUAUCACAAGUUCAAAGGCCUUCUCGAAGAUAACGAACAAAUAAAACUAAGCGAAUUUACUCUCGAAGAGGAUUUCGAAGCAGCUGACACAGCCCUGAGCGAUAUUUAUGCGCUCAAGUUGACCUAUCGGAUACCUAGAGAAAAUACCGAUCGUAAUGUCGAACUUAUUGUCAAGCAAUUACCUCAAGAUCCGUUUGCCAGGUUGUUCGUCAAAGAGGCUCAGUUCGAUUUACGCGAAAUUAAAUUCUAUACUAAGGUAGUACUAGACAUGGCCGACUUCCUGCAAGACUGUUUACCAGAUCAAUCUCCAGAGAAGCAACUGCCCAUACCAAAGUGUUACUACCCGAUCGGCGACGACGACUUGGACACGUCUGUCGAGACCAUACUAAUCCUCGAGGAUCUAAAGUCGCACGAUUACCACAGUCCUGAUUUCUCUCAAGGUCUUUCACUCGAACAAGCCACCCUGGCUUUGGAGGCUAUAGCCAAAAUGCACGCGUUAUCUUUAGCCAUGAGAAUACGUAAAAAUCGAAACCUCAACGAACUCUACCCGUUCUUAUUCCAAACCGACAAAGCGACCGAUUCGUAUCAAAUGCUAUUAGAUCGCGGACUCCCACAACUGGCCGCUUUCCUCGACAAGAAACCCAGCAUGUCGGAUAUCCUCAAGAGCAUCACGAACAUAGGACAAGAGAUGAAGAACGUCAUCUCAGCCUUACUCUCACCCAAAGGUCCGGUAGCCUUACUCACUCAUACCGAUUUCUGGUGCAACAAUUUACUCUUCAGGGGCGAUACUCGUCACUGUAUUAUUCUAGACUGGCAAAUGGUUACGUACAGCAGACCAACCAACGACGUAGCUUUGUUAAUCAUUAGCUCAUUAGCCAGUGACCUGAGACGUCAGAAUACAGACUACCUGCUGGAUAAAUACUGGCAAGCUUUUAUCGGAUUUGGCUUAAAGCUCGAUGUCGACGUAGAAGGCACACUCGGCUACAGCAGGGCUGAUUUUCAAGAAGACUACAGGAAAUCGCAACUGCUCGCUAUUUUGCUGUGUAUAGGAUCGGUAGAUGUAGCAUUGGGAAAUGCGUCCGCAGAGCAACGUCUCACUGAUGUGCUCAAGGAUCUAUACGCUGAGCAGAUCUUUUCCCAGCAGACCAUCGCGCAAUGUUUAGCUUCUUAAAAGUAAAGCAUCAUUUUAGAGUAGACAAAACCGAGCUACAGGGAGAAAAAUUUAUUACACCGGGAUGGCGAAGUAUUUCUGACAUUUUUUUUUCAUCUCUCUGACUCGUUCGCUCGUUCUCGUCUUAAGUAUACAUAUUUAUGUAAUAACAAUUCUUUCCUACGUGAAGUAUGUAUGCUCUGUUUAUAAAAUGUACCUGCUACCUACUACCUAUCUCUGAGAAUGAUUAUUAUACAUUUUGAACAGUCUACUACGUUUUACCACGCGUCUGAUAUUCUUUAUUGUAUUUUACUUCAUUAAAUAUACGAAAUAUUUAAUUUAAGCGUACGUAUAAAUGUAUAGAUCGCGAUUGAGGCAUUUUUUUUUCGUUUUUUUGUUCGUUUUAAUGUGUGCAAAUUGCAUGUAUUUUUUUUUCAAAUGCAUAUCAACGUGUAUUAAUAUGUAAUAUUAAAAGAAUACCUAGUUGAAAUAUAUUAUACAAAUCCGAGUUA